AGCCAAGUAAUAAACGAUGCAAUUUCAUCUCAUUCAAAUUCAUAUAUUUUGGAUUUGUACACUACGUAUUGCCACGUACAGGAUUGCACACGGUUGCGUUUGAAAUAAAGUUUCACAAAGAAAAUAAUUGGGUCGUGACCAUAAAUGGAAACGUCCAGCAAUCGAGCUGUUUGCAUAGCUGGAAGUGUCGCGGGACGCGUUCCCGAGCUUGUCCCGCUUGUGUGUCUGUCCCAUCCCCGGCUCAUGUUGCAGCCUGUUGUCACCGGGAGACUGUCACUCGCUGAUCGUCGUCACUUUUCUCUCUCCGUCGCCUUCCUGCUGCUACUCCCCGCUGGUAUGUAACAGCAUGUUAAUUACGGAGUAACAAUGGCGAAUGUAAGUGCAAAUUUACUCUUAAGUGCACGGCUGCUUCGAAAUGAUGACUUGCAUUUUAGGCGAGCGACUUGAAUGUGUGACUAUCUCAUGGCUGCCCCGCUCCGACGUGGGCUCUCCCUGGCCUCGCGGCUUGUCUUUGGGCAAGGCAGCAGCUCGGUCUGCCACCCUGCGGUGUCCGCCGUUCUGCUAGCUGUUAAGCGCUGCUGAGGAGGGCGUUUUGGUUCUAGUGGUGGUUGGAGCGUCUCUCUUCAGCAGCCAUGUCGGGCUUCAAUCUGCUCCAUCUAAUAAGCAAGAGUCAGCCUGUGACUCUGAGGUCCUGCAGUCUUCCCUCAGGAGCUGCCCGAAGCAAGAAGACAUGGCCGGUCACUUUCUCUCAGGAGGAGAUGAAGAAACGUCUCACGCCUAUGCAGUAUCAUGUGACCCAGGAACGAGGAACAGAAAGCGCCUUCACGGGAGAGUUCACGUACCACAAGGAAGAGGGAACGUACACGUGCGUCGUGUGCGGGGCGCCAUUGUUCAGUUCCAAAUCCAAAUUUGACUCCGGAUCAGGCUGGCCUUCCUUCUUUGACCUUGUGAAGCAGGAGUCCAUCGCCGUCGCAGAUGAUUUCUCCUACGGCAUGCAUCGAGUGGAGACCACCUGUAGUCAGUGCGGCGCCCACCUCGGCCACCUCUUCGACGACGGCCCCAAGCCCACCGGGAAACGUUACUGCAUCAACUCGGCCUCGCUGUCGUUCCAACCCAAAGACGGCGAGGGGGCCUCGGGCUCCGCCGACUCCUCGACGGCUGAGGGGAGGACGGAACUGUAGGAACACGGCAAGGCUCGCCCGGCGUGCGGGUUUGAUUUCUAUGUGUAAGAAUGUUGCAGUGUCAUCAAUUCACAACUUAGCGGCUAUUUUACCGGACGCACAAAAUAUUUUCACACGCAAACGUUACUGACCAAAAAUGAUCACGCUCAUGUUCACUAAUAAUAGAAUUUACUCACAGAUGGAUGAUGUCCUUUUUCACGGUUUAUUUUUAAUAUAGUAGAGUAUAUUUUGAGCGUACCUUUGAUGAUAUUUGAUGCUUUUAAGGUGUGAAUAUAGUUGUCAGGCAAAGUGUUUGGAUUGUUUGUGAGCACUAUUUUUGUAUUCCUUCCUAAAUUGAUUUUUUUUUCCCACAGCUUGAAAUGAUACAUUCAAUUGAAUAAUAAUAAUAAAAAAAAUCCCCACA